AUGUCUCGAUUUUCCGAUAUCUCAAAAGGCGCUGAGGUCAAAGGGGACGGCGACACCAGCGAUUUGGAGCGUACUGCUACCUCAGGAACUGACCAUCAUGGCAGUACUGUUACUAUUUCCCCAGCAGAUAAUGCUGGGUACCACCGGUCCUUGUCAAGACGUCAAAUCAUGAUGAUGACCUUUGGCGCUGGCAUUGGAACUGGUCUAUGGGUAGGCACCGGACAGGCUUUGUACUAUGCUGGACCUGCGGGGACUGCAAUUACCUAUACCAUUACUGCAAUGAUCGUCUAUGCGCAAUACUCCUCCGUCGGAGAGAUGACCACAUACAAGCCUAUCCACGGUGGCUUCAUCCGACAAUGUGCAGAAUAUGUAGACCCAGCAUUCGGCUUCGCAAUUGGUGUUAAUUUCUGGUUUGCAUGGGUGAUGAUCAUCCCAGCAGAGAUUACAGCAGCUAUAUCAGUACUUAAAUACUGGCCCGAAACCGACGUUGUGCCACUAGCAGCAUAUAUCACCAUAUUCUUAGUGGUAAUUGCCGCCGCAAACAUGUUCCACGUCCGAGUAUACGGCUACAUUGAAUACUACAUGUCAUUCGUCAAAUGUCUGGCUAUUAUCAUAAUGAUCUUUUUCAUGUUCAUCAUGACAUCCGGCGGCAUUGCCGCGACAAAUGGACCGAUCGAGUUCCGAUACUGGAAGAAUCCUGGUGCUUUCAAUAAUGGCAUCAAGGGUAUUGCGAAAGCAUUUGUGCAAGCUGCUUUCAGCUUUGGUGGAGGCGAACAUAUUGCAGUCAUAGCCGGUGAAGUAGCCGACCCACGACGAACCAUCAAGAAAACAGUCCGACCAAUCUUCUGGCGAAUGUUUACCUUCUUCGUUGUCAAUAUCUGGCUAGUGGGCAUGUGCAUCCCAGCCAACGACCCAGAUUUAUCCAGCAGUGGCACAUUAGGAAGUCCCUUCGUUAUUGCCAUUAAAAGAGCAGAUGUAUACGGUCUCGCACACGCUAUCAACGGAUUCAUCUUCCUAAGCGUUAUCAGCUGUGGAAUUACCAGUGCUUAUAUUGCCAGUCGCAGCCUGACAGCCCUCGCCGAUCUGAAUAUCGUUCAUCCAUUCUUCGGCAGGAAGGAUAGACAGGGUCGGCCGUAUGUGUCGCUCAUUAUUAGUUUGGGUAUUGGUGGUGGAUUGUGCUAUCUGAACACUGACAGUGUUGGGACUAUGGUUUACGGCUGGUUUUCUUCUCUGGUUGCCAUCGCCACGCUUUUCCAAUGGGCUUCCAUUUACAUCGCCCAUCUCCGAUUCCGACAAGGCCUUAAAGUUCAGGGCAAGGUCCUCUCAAGUCUCCCAUUCAAGGGCUUCCUUACCCCGUGGGCGCAGUACUUUGGUCUUAUCAUUGUCCUGUUUGUCUUCGGCUGCGAAUUCUAUCUGGCAUGCUGGCCAUUUGGGGAGAAGGGCUCGGUGAAGAGUUUCUUCUCCACUUAUCUUGCCGCUCCGCUAUUUUUCUUUGAUUACUUCGUCUACAAGCUGUACUACAAAACAAAGAUCGUCAAGCUUAAGGAGAUGGACUUUGGCGCCGCAAGAGAAUUCGAUGACCAGGAUAUGAUCGAUGCUAUUACCACCGAGGAUGCAGAAAGGAGCCCGGAGAAGAGCAAACAAACGACAUGGACAAAGCGGGCUCAAUAUAUGAUCUUUGGAUGA